AUGCAAGUGUCUGUACCCCAUAUUCUGCUAGAAUUAGGUGUUAUCUUGUUGGGAGCCCCCGGAUCAGCGAGGGCAAUUGGCACCGAAGAGAUUCAGCCGAAAUCGAAAAUGUCAGGUGGUGACGCAGUCAAGUAUGAGACAGUCGAACGGGGAUCCUUAUAUGGACUUGAUUAUCGAGUUUUUAUAAAGGGCCCCGAUGGGGUUUUAUCUCCUUGGCAUGACAUUCCAAUGUACGCUGACGAGAGUAAAAAGAUCUUCAAUAUGAUUGUUGAAAUUCCGCGUUGGACGAAUGCCAAGAUGGAGGUUGCUAUAAAAAAUGAAUUAUAUCUUCUCAUAAACUGUGUCAUGUCUACCAAAGAGGCAAUGACUCCAAUAAAGCAAGACGUAAAGAAAGGUCUUCCUCGAUUUGUGCAUAAUAUUUUCCCGCAUAAGGGUUACAUCUGGAAUUAUGGAGCCAUUCCACAGACCUGGGAAGAUCCUGGACAUGAAGUGCCCGAAACCAAAGCCGUUGGUGACAAUGACCCGAUUGACAUAGUAGAUAUUGGAUCCAAGGUGCAGAAACGAGGAGCUGUUAUCCAGGUAGGAAUAGCCAUUUUUUAAAA